AAAAACAGUCACCACUACACAGCACGUCUCCUCUCAUUUUCUAGUGAGAGAAAAUUUUUAGAUAGAGGGAGUGGCGAAAAAAUGGGUGCAGAAGGUUGGAGUUUAACGGCCAAGCCGUGUGACUCGUGCAAAGCGACGUCGGCCAGCGUGUUCUGCCGGGCGGACUCGGCGUUUUUAUGCCUCGCCUGUGACUCCAAAAUCCACGCCGCGAAUAAGCUAGCCUCCCGCCACGGGCGCGUGUGGGUUUGCGAAGUUUGCGAGCAAGCCCCUGCAAGUGUGACUUGCAAGGCGGAUGCUGCAGCCCUAUGCAACGCGUGUGACCGCGACAUCCACUCUGCAAACCCGCUUGCCCGCCGCCACGAGCGGAUUCCGAUCACCCCCUUCUUCGACUCGGCCUCGGCUGCCAGGUGUACAGGAGCUAGCGACGAGAAAUGUUUGCUCGACCUCGGCAGCGAGGCCGAGGAAGCGGAAGCCGCUUCGUGGCUGCUACCUAACCCGAACUGUAAUAAGGAUUUAGAACCGGAUAGUCCGGAGUACAAGACUGCGGACUAUUUGUUUACUGAUAUGGAUCCUUAUUUGGAUAUGGAUUUGAUAUCCAGUGAUCAAAAGCCUCAUGUCGUGCAGUAUCAAAACCAUCAUCACAAUCAUGUUCACCAGCAGCAUAACUCCGAUGGAGUUGUUCCAGUGCAGAACAAGAAUGAUCCGACCCAUUUACCCGGUCCAGUUGUGGAUGGAUUCCCCACCUAUGAAAUGGAUUUUGCUGGAUCUAAAAGUUUUGUGUACAACUUCAGCUCUCAAUCCAUCAGCCAAAGUGUUUCAUCGUCUUCUAUGGAGGUUGGGGUCGUACCGGACCACAAUGCGAUGGCGGAUGUAUCCAACAAUUUAUCAAGGAGCGAUGCCGUUACGAAUCCGGUCUCCGGCGUGGAUAGAGAAGCGAGGGUUUUAAGGUACAGGGAGAAAAGGAAGAACAGAAAAUUCGAGAAGACGAUUCGGUAUGCUUCGAGAAAGGCCUAUGCGGAGACCCGACCCAGAAUUAAAGGAAGGUUUGCGAAGCGGGCGGAAGCUGAAAUUGAAUCGUUAAUAGUUGCUGAUGCGUCUUACGGCGUCGUUCCGACCUACUGAAUUGUGAAGUAAAAUCAAAUUUUGGGUGGAUUUUACUUUUUAGCUUAAUCACUUUUACUUCUCUGCUCCUUUUUGUUUUUUUUUUGGCCUUUUUUUUUUCGGCUUUUGGUAGCUGAGGCUACUUUAUCUUUUGUUGACUAUGUGGAUUAUGGUUAAUGUAUUGUACAUAUUUUUAAUCCCCUUUUUUGUUGGUCAAAUCUAAUCAGCAUUUUGGUGGUA